UCCUUGCUCCAGGUCUAUCUCAAGUAAGAUGCCUAAGGAUGAUGAUGAGACUACUGCACUAAAAGCUGAACUCUCCAAUAUUGCGGCUCAGAUCAGGGAGCACCAGGAGAAAGCAAGGGAUAAUGCAGGUUUAGGAGAUCCAGGGACUAAGCCUGGCAAGUGCGUAACAAAGAAGCUGCUAAAAGGACAUAUUAAUAAGGUUACCUGCUGCCAUUUCAGUGGAGACAGUAGGCAUGCUGUGAGUGGAUCCCUGGAUGGAAAACUGAUUGUCUGGGAUUGUUGGACUGGGAACAAGAUGCAGGUUAUUCCACUCCGAUCUGCCUGGGUGAUGACCGCGGUGUUCGCACAAAGCGGAAACCUAGUUGCUUGUGGUGGGAUGGAUAACAUGCUCACCAUCUACGAUCUUAACAACAGGGAUAGCAGCGGGGUGGCCAAGAUGGUUCGAGAAGUUAGUGGAUAUGAGGGAUUUUUAUCCUCAGCGAGGUUUCUUGAUGAUGAAACUGUUGUCACAGGUUCCGGGGACAUGAAGGUUAUGCAGUUCCAGGUAGAGACUGGAAAGAAGCUGGUGGACAUGGCCGGUCAUAACGGGGAUGUUGCUGCGCUGAGCUUAAAGCCCUCGGAUAAGAAUAUAUUUGUGACUGGAUCAGUUGAUAGAACUGCUAGACUUUGGGAUCUACGUAUUCCAGGAUGUACUCAGACCUUCUGGGGACACGAAGCUGAUGUCAACUCAGUUUCCUUUCAUCCUUCAAGUCUUACUUUUGUAACAUGCAGUGAGGAUAAAACGGUUCGUCUAUGGGAUAUCCGAAGUGACCAGGAGGUUUGCCAAUACAAGCCUCCAACUCCUAACUCUUCCUUCACUAGUGUCGGCUGCUCCAUGUCUGGCCGUAUACUGCUCGGGUCUAGCGAUGAUUCUACAGUACACAUGUGGGACAUUGCUGGGGCUCAUUGUGGUUCUCUUUCUGGUCAUGACAAUAGAAUAACUCAAAUAGCCGUUGCUCCGGCUGGAUUUGCAAUAGCUACGUCAUCAUGGGACCAGACGGUUCGGGUGUGGGGCCUGUGACGUCACCAGCGCAGUUUCAGUUACCACGAACCUAACUACCCAGAGAAGCCGCAUAUAUAGUUCAGUUCUUGGUCAUUAGUGCUCUUCGUCUUGUGAAUCUUGAUAAAUAAAGCUACGAAAAUAA